AUGAAAGCAACUUUAUUUUAGUAGUUAAGGAAGAUUAGAGCAGAAUCUGCUAAAGUUGGAGGUAACAGAAAUAAAUAAAUGCUUGAUACUUCGGAACUUAUUGGAAGACAAAGCUUUAGUAGAAAAAGACGACUUGAAGACGCUAAUUAUUCUUUGCUUGAGUAACCAAGUUCAUUUCGGUAUCAUGACAAGGAAAAAUAUGAAUAGGAAAUCAAUUAUCUGAAAAACCAUUUAAAUUCUUUGGAAAAUGAAAAUCUCAAACUAAAAACUAAAAUUCAUCAAUUAGAAGAUAAUCAAUUAAAACAAGAGAAGAUGCUAUAGGAAUUAGAUCGUAUUGGUCCUGUCAAAACGUAACUGUUGAGAUCAAUGAAUUAUGCAACUGCUUUGAAUGCACUAAAAAAAGAAUUAAAUAAUAUGAAAUUAGAAUUGCAAAAAAAAGAUUAAGAACUCAUCAAUAUGAAGAAAAAUUAGAGAUUUACUUAAAUGAACGAAUUGUAAAUUGAAAGAACUGCCUUCUAAGAAGAGACUAUUAGAUUAAGACAAUAAAUUGAGUAAUUAUUUUAAGCUAGUUUAUACAAUCUACAAUAGAAUAAUGUAGAAUAAGCUAUUCAAGAGAGAUUAUUUCAAUUAAUAGCAAAAAUAUAAGAGAAUGCCAUAUAAAAAAGUGAAUUGGAAAAAAUAAUUGAAAGACUUAAAAAAGAAUGCUUGAAAUAUAGAUCUUAAUAAAUAGAAUAAGAAUUUAGAAGCAAAAAGGAAAUUAAAAAAUUAAUAAUCCAAUUAAAGGAUGAAACCAAUAAUUCAUAAAAAGAAAAUAGUAAAGAGACCUAACAAUUCACAAAGCCAGAUGAAUUGUAAUUGCUAACAGACUUGAUGUUUGCAAAAUAAGAAAAUUAAGCAAAAUAAUAUGAAAUAGAUAGAUUAAAUCAAUAUAUUUUCGAUCUCGAAACACAAAUUAAAGAACUAACUAUGCUACAAAAAUUAUAAAAAUCAGAUACCUAAGAAAUCUAACCUCAGUCUCAAAGAGUUGAUGUUUCAACAAAAUCAAAAAUUACUAAAAUCUAAUCUCCUGUUUUUGCAACUGAAAUUAUGCAAGAAAUUGCCUUGCCUGUUAAAAAAUCAAUAGUUAUCUAAGAGGAAAUCUAAAAAUUAGUAAAGUAACCUCAAAGAAGAAAAAUUGUAACAGUGAAAUUUGAAGAAAUCAAAAAUAUAGGAGAGACUUUGAAAUAUAGAUUGAUGGCUAUGGAUAUUAGCAUUUCAUAAUUAGACGAAUAUUUAUUUGAAGGAGACUCUAUGACUUUGAAGGAACUGAAGGAUAAGUUAAGGCAUUAUCCUUUUAAUUUAACAACUGAAGAAGCUCAUGUGGUUUCUCGUUAUAUAAUGGAAGGUGAGAAUGACGUUUACGAAUUGUUGGAGACUGCCUCGAAUUAUAAUCCUUAUAUUCGUUCGGUUUUAAGGAGAAUAUUGUCGAAUUAUAAAUUGGAGAUAGUGAAAAAUUAAUUGCUGCAUUCUGAUAAAAUAAAGGAUGUGUUGACUAAGUUUAAACCAUUUAUUUAAAGCAAUAUCAAGCAACUUUAUGGAAAGGACUGUAUAAGAGUGAGUAAAUAGUAGUUUAAUGAAUCAUUGAUGUCAUUAAAUAUAGAAUUGAAUUAAUUUGAGUUGGACUAUUUGAUAGUAUAAGGAAUUUUGGAAAGUAAAGGAGUUGAAUCAUUAAAUUAUGAGGAGAUGCUAAAAUACGAGGUUAAGGAAGUAUAAGAUUAGCAACUCUCUUUCUUAUUGACUGAAUUGAACAAUUAAUAAAAUUAAAAAGCUGAGAUGUCAGUUAUUGAAGAGUGUCCAGAGAAACUAUCAGAACUGGAUUAAUUAGAAUAAAUAGAUCAUAAAUAAGUGUAGAUUGUGAAGGAUAAUUAAAAGAAUGGAGGAGAUCAAUAUGUUACAUUUGAUAAAUAUGUAAGUGAAUAGUUUGAGUCUGAAAGUGAAUAAUCUAAAUAGGAAAUUAUGACAUCAGCUUUUAACUUGGAAUAAUGA